UAAGAGAGCCGACCGAGUCGAGUCUUGGCGGGAAAGCAAGCGGCUCCGACCACGCUUGGGGGGCUGCAGACGAAGUAGAGGAGGCAAGGAAGGAGGAAGACUACCAGCCGCUCGCGGGAGUCCUUUACGCUCCUGGCCAGGAACCCGAGAUGCAUCGUGAUUCGUGUCCCCUGGACUGCAAGGUUUAUGUGGGAAACCUUGGGAACAAUGGCAACAAAACUGAAUUGGAACGAGCUUUUGGCUACUAUGGACCACUGCGUAGUGUGUGGGUAGCUAGAAAUCCCCCUGGUUUUGCUUUUGUUGAAUUUGAAGAUCCACGGGAUGCUGCUGAUGCAGUGAGAGAACUAGAUGGGAGAACGCUGUGUGGAUGUCGUGUCAGGGUGGAACUGUCCAAUGGUGAAAAACGCAGUCGGAACCGUGGCCCACCUCCCUCAUGGGGUAGACGUCCUCGAGAUGACUAUCGCAGGAGAAGUCCUCCACCUCGCCGCAGAUCUCCACGGAGGAGGAGUUUUUCCCGUAGUCGCAGCAGGUCCCUUUCUAGAGAUAGAAGGAGAGAGAGAUCGCUCUCAAGGGAGAGAAAUCAUAAGCCUUCCCGUUCAUUUUCCAGAUCUCGUAGCCGUUCCAGGUCAAAUGACAGGAAAUAGAACUUCAGGAAGAGUGGUGUACAGGAAGUCACAUUUAGAUCUGAAGACAGUAUGUACAGAACAUCGUUUUCUUUAAGACCUCAUAAAGCUUGGUGCAUUUUAAAAAUGUUUUAGCUGUCGAAUUUUGUUUCUUUUGUAACAGGUGACAUGUAACAGUUGUGAAAAUGUAUAUGGUUUUGAGCAGGUCGUCCAAAGUGUAAUAAGCCUGUUGCUCUACAGUGUACCCUUAAGCAUAAACUGCAUUAAUGUUAGCCAGUUACCUUCCAUAAACCUACCAAAUAAUCCUUAACAGUCCUACAGCGGCAAAUGUUCAGUCUUCUGCAUCAUAUGUAGAAUCUGCAGAAUCUAAACUCAAAAAUUAACACGUGAACUUACAAAUCAUGAGCGUUUGCUAUAAUUGUGAAUGGACAAUCUCUGCAGCAUGAAAUGUGGAGGUGUAAUUAGUUGGCCAGAAUAAACUAAUGGUAAAUGAGAAGACUGAAAACUUUGUAGCUAGCCUUUUUUCUACAUCUAUUUGCGAGUUCUGAUUUACACCAGAAUUACCUUUAUUGUACAAAAUGCAAAUUAAAUCUUACACCUUUUUGUGUAGAGCACUACUGCUAGAAGAGUUUUGUAGUACAAAUUAAGAACUGUUGAUAAGUACAUAUGUGUAAGGGUACAUUGUAGAUAUUUUCCUUAUUGUGCAUAAGUUGUCUUGUCACUGUAAACUCUUGGAGAUUAAAGUUUUUGUUACAAAUCGUUCUAAGUAUUUAACUCUUGUAUCUUGACAACCUUCUUGCAAAAUAAAACAUUUAAGUUGAUUUA